AUGUCCCGCGCCUUCCAGUGCUCCAACAAAUCUCCGGUCCCCGAAACUGCGCUACAGAAGAGUCUUCGGGCAGUUGAAGAUCAACUAAAGAUGUGUGGCCACAAGAGAGAUGUUGAUGUCUUUGAGCUGUUCCUUUCUCAAAAGGAACUAACAGAUGUCAUUGAUCUCUCUAGGUUUAAAAACUUAAAAUAUUUAUGGCUUCAUCAUAAUAAGCUCCAUGGGAUAGCAUUUUUAACUAGAAACUACUGUCUGACCGAACUAUAUCUAAACAAUAAUGCAAUAUUUGAGAUAGUAGGCCUGCACUAUCUGCCUUCAUUGCAUAUCCUCCUGCUGCAUCACAAUGAGUUAACAAAAAUUGAUGACACAGUGAAGGAAUUAAAGGGAAUGCUGAACCUGAAGACCCUAAGUCUAUACCAAAACCCUUUGUGCCAAUAUAACCUAUAUCGUUUAUAUAUAAUCUACCACCUUCCAGGAGUGGAGCUGCUUGAUCGAAAUCAGGUUACAGAAAAAGAAAGAAGAUCAAUGAUUACUAUUUUUAACCAUAAAAAGGCUCAUAUCAUUCAAUCAAUUGCAUUUGGAGGAAAAGUAGAUACCUCAUGGAACCCAAAAUUACCAUUAAAGCAGAAACCUGUCCAGAGACUACCUUCAGAUUUUACAUUUGCGGAUAAUGUAGACAAAACUAUGUUUGACAACCUAGAAGAUGCUGUUUUUGUAAGGUCCAUGAAGAGAUCACUGAUGGCUCUGACCACUUUGAACUGGGACUCUGUUCCAAUGCAAGAGGAAAAAUUCCUGGAAGAGAAAGGCCCAGAACCUCCUCAGCUGCUCACAGUAACACUGAGAUAACCCCCAGCAAAUGCUCAGUAACACUGAGAUAACCCCUGGCACUACCAGGAAUCCUAGUGGUACUCAGUUGUGUAUUAAACCUCCCUGUAAUUUAGCAUAUUAUAUGUUAAGUUGAUAUGACUUGAAACAGUUAAUGUAAACAGAAACACUAAGAAUGAAAAAUAAUUGUUAUAGUUAGGUUUUUUAAU